UUAUUGGAAGUCGUAAUUUUUAACAACCCGUAUGACGUGGUGUCGGUGUAGUUCCCUUCUUUUUAGCAAAGUGAGGCUUUCAGAAGCUAACUUUCUACAAAGAAUGGAUUAUCAAAAUUGAAUGUAUUCCAUCUGUAACCAAGUAUGUGAUCAUUCAUACAAUCCUUUGCAGCUAUCAUGUGGGGAGUUCAGCUACAGAUCAUUUGUGUUGUAAAAUGUGUAAUCUGAUGUCAACUUUACGUAGACUGCAAAAGAUGCAUUCGGUUGUAUUACUUGGCGGUAUUAUAGUAUGCCUGAUACUAAUGAUCCAAGUAAAGCAGAUAUAUGAAAAUAAUCAGAAGCACUACAGAUUCUUAGGAUACAAACAAUACAUCGAAGAAAUCACAGCUGAAAUGAAUGUUGUUGAAAGGUCCGCUAACAAGUCUUCUGCUUACGUUCGACAACUCAACGAAGCUCUUCUCAAACACCGAGACAGAGAAAUCAAGAAUCUUUCUCUCCCUCGCAUGACUUUACCUCUGUAAUUCGUGUACUUGAGAUAUUGCACUUUGUGCACACAGAUUGAGUUCAGUACGAUCUAUAAUAGUGCCAAAGAUAUUUUGAGAGAUGAAUUACAAGAGAGCUAAGCAUUAUUAUAGAAAAAAAUCACUGGUAGGAAUGUUUAAAUCAAUGUUUUUCACACAUGCUAUUAGAUGUUGGCGUAAGUACAUCUCAUUUUAUAACUGAACUAAGCCAACUAUUGUCUCAAGGAAGUAGGAUCCAUGAUUUUUACUGUUACAGUGUACUAGUUGAUGUUGGUAUUACAAGUUGAAUUUCUUCCGUAUGAAAUAGUAUCUAAGUAUACCGCAGGUGUCAAUCAGUUUAAAAAAUAUCCAUAAACUGGAAUGACUUUUCCAUAUCAUUGUUGAUCUGACAAUUAUGAAUGGAUCUUAACUUUUUUUUAUUCAGAAUUGUCGAGCGUUUUUUCUCCAUGGUACAUUAAUUCCUUUUGUUUAGUUUCUCUUCUUUUCUUUUUCGUUUCAAGAUGGUAUCAAACUUAUUACAGAACUCGCAUACUUUAAUAUUUCUUGUCAUGAUCAAGUUCUCUCGUAAUUAACAAGAAUAACUUGAAUAAUUGGCCAAAAUAUAUAGUUAUCAAAUUACAAAAUUACCAUCAAACCUCAUCAUUGUAACCCCAUGACAUUCAUUAGGACGGUUGAAAAUGAGAAUCAGCCUGAGGAAAUUGAAUACUUCAGCCUUUUUUUUUGGAGGUAGAAUCUGGUUAAUCUCGGUCUGUGACAGUGACCACAAAGAAUCCUGUCUCUUGUUUUAUAAACUUGCCUUGUGAACAGUGUAGCUUGUAAGCUUUACCUAGAAAUUAUGGUGCUAGAGAUUGUUUGGGCUGGUGGUUUGGUAGUUGUCGAAUGUGAAGAUUAAAUGUACAGUAUCGCAGCCACCAGAAAUGGCAUACAAAUAGUUCCAUACCUAGUUUUGCUUUAUCGAAUGAAUAGAUGAGAAUAACAUAGAAAAAUUAUCAUAGCAAACUAUGGAAAUGUUAAUAAUAAUAUCUUGAAUAACUCAUAUUAAAUUCUUUACCAAGAUAA